AUGGCCAGUCCCUUGCGCGGAUACUCAACUUUUCGCAGCUCCGCCCCCGAGACCGCAACUAACGCCGAUGGGCCUGUCAUCCCUGGCCGAUCAACCAGCCUGGCUCCCCAGACCUACAAUGUCUCCAUGGCUGAUGACCUCCUGAAAGAUACAGGCUAUUCUUGGUCGGCCGCCGAGGGCCAGUUUCGUGGUGAAGCCAUCCCGACACAGGCUACCCCAAGCAGGAUCAGCCUAGCUCGAAGCCUCCCCAGUGAUGGUGCCGUGACUCCAAAUACUGCUGGCAAUGACCGACACAAGGCUUCUGGGCAGGCUUCUUCUUGA